AUCAAAACUGGAAACGAGAUAUUUCUCAUAAUUGGUCCAGAAAAGUUAAACACGUGUGUCUCAAAGGCCAUCUUUAUCGAGCUUAGAAACCUUAAUGGUGUCACAGAAAUCUGAAAUUGAGUAUUUACAGGAGAAACUGAAAAUAGCAAACGAAAAGCUCUCAGAAAACAGAUUUACCAACAAAGGUUUUUCAGGAGGCAUUGUAGCAAAUGCUGAAGGAAAACAUAAGGAACCACCUGUGAAACGUUCAAGGUCUUUGUCACCAAAGAGCUCUUUCACAGACUCAGAGUUGCUAAGGAAGCUGAGGAAAGCUGAAAGAAAGAUUGAAAACUUAGAGAAGACCCUACAACUAAAGAGCCAAGAAAAUGAUGAGCUAAGAGAUGCCCAUGAAAAACGCAAGGAAAGGCUACAGAUGUUACAGACCAACUACAGAGCAGUAAAAGAGCAAUUAAAACAGUGGGAAGAAGGCAGUGGCAUGACUGAUAUCAGAAAAAUCAAGAGAGCAUAUCCCCAACAACUUCAACAAGAAGAUUCUGAUGCUGUAUGGAAUGAACUAGCAUAUUUCAAAAGGGAGAACCAGGAGCUAAUUAUUGAAAAAAUGAAUCUUCAAGAAGAAUUGGAUAAACUUAAAGUGCAUGUAUCUAUUGAUAAGGCAACAAUACAAGAAUUAAAUGCAUGUAUGGAAGAGGAAAGAGAAGAACAACUUUUUAGAUACGGUGAAGAUGAUGGGGUCAAGAAGAGUACUCCAGAGAAGAAUGGGAAAGAAAUGUCAGAACAGACAUUACAGAAGGUAAUUGAAUUGGAAAAUCGGCUAAAAUCUUUUGAGAAAAGCUCGAGAAAAUUAAAAGAACGGAAUAAAAAAUUAAUGAAAGAAAAUGAUUUCCUGAAAUCCCUCUUAAAACAGCACCAAGAAGAUGCAGAAACCAGACAAAAAAAGCUAGAACAGAUACUGAAGGGGAGUAAAGAGGUAGAAAAAGAGAAAACAGAACUUCAAGUGAAAAUCAGUGAGCUGGAGAGAGAAGUCACUUCCCUAAGGAGACAAGUGGCAGAAGCUAAUGAGUUGAGAAAUGAAAACGAAGAGGUGAAUUCAAUGGAAAAAUCGCAACAUUCAGCAGAGAAAGCCAACUCUGAGAUGGCCACGACAGAGGUGAGAUCUGGACAGUACGGUUAUAAGACCACCACUACCAAGGUUAAAUUUAAAGCCGCCAAGAAAAAGUGCUCUGUGGGUCGCCACCACACUGUUCUCAAUCACUCCGUCAAGGUUAUGAGCAACGUGUUUGAGAACCUCAGUAAGGACGGCUGGGAGGAUGUGAGUGAAAGCAGUGAUUCUGAAACACAUACUUCUGAAAAUUUGGGAACAAUUAUUGUAGAAACAUCCCAGAAAAUAAGUCCUACAGAGGAAGGAAGAGACCAGAAACAAAUUGAUCAAGCAGAAGACAACGAAACACAAGGGGAAGAAAUAAUACAAAUAUAUUCAAAUAUAAGUGGCAAGACACCAAAGGUAUAUGAUACAGUUUUGCUUAAUUGUAAUCUAUAUUCUUAA